AUGCCGGUCAGCAGACAAGAAUUUGAGGCGGUGUUCCCAAAGCUCGUGGAUGAUUUGAAAGAGCAUGCUGCGAAAUACAAACUGCCGUAUCAGGCAAUGCAGUGGUUCGACAAGUCUGUAAAUUACAAUACUCUCGGCGGCAAGUACAAUCGUGGCAUAUCAGUGAUCGAUUCCGCACAAAUACUGCUCGACCGCAAGCUCAGUGAGGAUGAGUUCUUCAAGGCCUCGAUAUUAGGCUGGAUGAUCGAGCUGCUGCAGGCAUUCUUCCUGGUCAGCGAUGAUAUCAUGGACAGCUCCAAGACACGCCGUGGCCAGCCAUGCUGGUAUCUUGCGCCUCAGGUUGGUAUGAUCGCCAUCAACGACGCCUUUAUGCUCGAAUCUGGUAUCUACACUCUCCUGAAGAAGUACUUCCGACAAGAAAAGUACUACGUUGAUCUGCUUGAGUUGUUCCACGAGGUCACAUUCCAGACUGAGCUUGGUCAAUUGUGCGAUCUGCUCACAGCACCAGAAGACCAUGUCGACCUUGACAACUUCAGCAUGGAGAAGUAUACAUUCAUCGUCAUCUACAAGACUGCGUACUACAGCUUCUACCUACCUGUAGCUCUCUCCCUGUACUUCACAGGUCAUGCCUCGGAGAAGAACCUGAAAGCAGCCCACGACAUCCUCAUACCCAUGGGUGAGUACUUCCAGGUGCAAGACGACUACCUCGACAACUUCGCCGACCCGUCUGUACUGGGCAAGAUCGGCACAGAUAUUCAAGACAACAAGUGCAGUUGGCUUGUUAACCAGGCACUGAAGAAGUGUAACAAGGAGCAGAGGCAGGUGCUUGAAGCGAAUUAUGGUCGGAAAGACCAGGCGUGUGAAGUACGUAUCAAGAAGCUAUUUGACGACCUGGAAUUGCAGAAGGACUACCAGCAGUACGAGGAGAAAGUUGUGGGACAAUUGCGAGAGAGGAUCGCAAAUCUAAAUGAGAGCGAAGGGCUGAAGAAAGGCGUGUUCGAAGAGUUCUUGCGGAAGAUCUACAAGCGUAGCAAAUAG